CCGCAACCUUGAACAAAGGCGGCUUAUGCAGUAAUAGCCCGAAAAUGGGUAUGUCUAUUAGACAAUGUGUCCUGGUGUUUGGCAUGCUUUUUACUGGGACUAUCAACACGGUAUCCAGAAAAGUUCAGCUUGACUGCAUUGCUGUAGGAUACUUCAAUCAUUCUGCCAAUGAUACGCGUACUCCGCAUAACUUCAAUAAACCAUGGUUUCAGACGUUACUGAUGUUUUUCGGGGAGUCACUAUGUAUAAUGGCUUUUAUGAUAAUGAGAUGCAGGAAAAGGAGGCAAAUGUCUGCACAUGGUUAUAGUGUUAUUGGCGUUCACCCUAGAGGUCAAAGCCUAGUAAGCACACCUAUUUUUAACUGGAUUUUUAUAUUGCCGACGCUCUGUGAUUUGUUAGGCUCAACGCUAUCAGGUAUCGGUCUUCUGUACAUUGAUGCAUCUAUUUGGCAAAUGUUACGGGGGUCGCUUAUUGUAUUUGCUGGAAUUCUGUCAACUAUAUUUCUAAAGCGACGUUUACGUUACUUUCACUGGAUUGGUAUUAUGAUCACUGUGAUUGGAUUAGCUCUUGUCGGUUCAAAGUCGGUAUUCAGUGUACAUUCGGUCAAGUCAAGUGUAACCCAAUCAGCUAUAGGACUUGUUCUCGUGUUGGCUGGUACAUUCACAUCAGCAGCACAAAUGAUUGUAGAAGAAGUCUUCUUAAAGAGUCGUGGUUUUCACCCGCUACAGGCUGUUGGUAUGGAGGGUAUUUUCGGUUGUAUUUUAAUGUGUGCAAUUGUUCUGCCAGCUGUUCAUUAUAUUCCGGGGAAUGAUUUAAACGGGUCCUAUGAAAAUGUUAUUGAUGCAGUCUAUCAAAUUGGUAGUAAUUAUGUCCUAUUAGGCAAUUGUAUAUUAUAUGUCUUAUCAAUUGCAUUCUUCAAUUACUGUGGUCUAUCGAUCACACGAAGUCUUAGUUCUGUUCAUAGAACAUUAAUCGAUUCUUUACGUACUGCAUUUGUAUGGAUAUGCAGUUUAAUACUAUAUUAUGCUGUUGGUCCACCGUACGGUGAACCAUUCACAGUUGGUUGGGGUCUAAUUGAAAUUGAUGGUUUUGCCUUACUCAUUAUUGGAACAUUAGUGCAUAAUCGUGUCCUAGACAUCACUUGUUGCUGUCCACAUCGUCCAGAACCGGUGAUAUUAACACCAAGACAGUUGAGAGGUAUGAGUGAGUCAUCAGAACCCUAUUCACUCGACUAUACUGAUACAAUGGAUUCAAGUGAUGAUAUUGAUGUAGACGAUGUUGAUGAUGAUGAGGAUGACGAUGAAGAUCCUAUUUUUUAUAAUGAUCGUAGUGGUGGUGGUGCUGGAUCAAUGAGCAGUAGCGUGUUGUCCACUGCUGUACAUCGCCAGCAACAUGAUCGUGAUGAACAAUCACAGCAAGCAUCAUUAUUAUUAUUGAAAACAUCUAUUGUUGGCGGGAAAUCAAUAAAUUAUUCUACAAUGAACUAAUAAUAACCAUUAUUAUUGAUUUUUUGUUAUUGUUUUUAAAAAAAAAUAUUUACUAACUUACUAAUAAUCUUCACGGUGAUCUAGGAGAUCAUUUCUCUACACAUCAGAGUUGUUGAUAUUGAUUCUCAUAUUGACUUCAUUUUUGUUUUAUUUUGCUCAUUCUUCAUUGGCUUGUUGCGUAAUAAAGAUGCGGAGGCGGCGGGGGAGGAGUAAUAAACAGAUCUUAAUUCUUUCUCACUCUUAUUGUAUUUGGUUUUAUAAGAAGAACAAGACGAAGUAUCUGUUUAUUAUAUCUGAGUAGUGUUCAUCCUUCUCAAUUCACCAUUUUUGUAUGCCUUUAUUGAAAAAUACCUCUGAAUGGUGUUAACUUAAUGCAUGAGGCAACAUUGUAACCCGUUCCUUUCUUUUAUUCCCUCAUUCGUUCAUUCAUCUUUCUCAUGUUGUAAUAGUUUCUUUCACCACACACACACACACAAUGUAUUCUUGUGUUAUUCAACUAGAGGGUGGGGUGAGUUGACUGUUGGUUAGUUGUCGUUUAACCCUAGAAACCGUU